CCCCCGCCCCCGCCCCGCCGCCGAGAGGAGCCGCCGAGGAGCGCGCGAGCCGCAACCCGGCCAGGGAGCCCUGUUUUGGAAGCCGUUCAUCCCCGGGGUCUUCCGUUCCCCAGGGCCCUGGGGAGGGCUGAGGCCGACCAUGCCCAGCCUGCUGCUGCUCGCCGCCGCCCUGCUCUCCAGCUGGGCUCAGCUUCCGGCCGAAGCCAGCUCCUGGUGGUCGUUAGCUAUGAACCCGGUGCAGAGACCCGAGAUGUUUAUCAUCGGUGCCCAGCCUGUGUGCAGCCAGCUUCCUGGGCUCUCCCCUGGCCAGAGAAAGUUGUGCCAAUUGUACCAGGAGCACAUGGCCUACAUAGGGGAGGGAGCCAAGACGGGCAUCAAGGAGUGCCAGUACCAGUUCCGGCAAAGGCGGUGGAACUGCAGCACUGUGGACAACACGUCUGUCUUUGGGAGAGUCAUGCAGAUAGGGAGCCGAGAGACCGCCUUCACCUACGCAGUGAGUGCUGCAGGGGUGGUGAACGCCAUCAGCCGGGCUUGCCGCGAGGGUGAGCUCUCCACUUGCGGCUGCAGCCGGACAGCACGGCCCAAGGAUCUUCCCCGGGACUGGCUGUGGGGUGGCUGUGGGGACAAUGUGGAGUAUGGCUACCGCUUUGCUAAGGAGUUUGUGGAUGCCCGGGAGCGGGAGAAGAACUUUGCCAAAGGGUCUGAGGAGCAGGGCCGAGUGCUCAUGAACCUGCAGAACAACGAGGCGGGUCGAAGGGCUGUGUAUAAAAUGGCAGACAUAGCCUGCAAAUGCCAUGGCGUCUCAGGGUCCUGCAGCCUCAAGACCUGCUGGCUCCAGCUGGCCGAGUUCCGCAAGGUGGGGGACCAGCUGAAGGAGAAAUAUGACAGCGCAGCUGCCAUGCGCAUCACCCGCAAAGGCAAGCUGGAGCUGGUCAACAGCCGCUUCAACCAGCCCACCCCGGAGGACCUGGUCUACGUGGACCCCAGCCCUGACUACUGCCUGCGCAACGAGACCACAGGCUCCCUGGGCACCCAGGGACGCCUCUGCAACAAGACCUCGGAGGGCAUGGACGGCUGCGAGCUCAUGUGCUGUGGCCGUGGCUACGACCAGUUCAAGAGCCUCCAGGUGGAGCGCUGCCACUGCAAGUUCCACUGGUGCUGCUUCGUGAAGUGCAAGAAGUGCACGGAGAUUGUUGACCAGUACGUCUGCAAAUAGCCAGGGAGGGUCCCACGCUCCCAGCCCUCUUCUCCACUCUGCCUCACAAAGUUUAUAUUAUAUAAAUCUAUAUAAAUCUAUUUUAUAUUUGUAUAAAUAAAUGGGUGGAUGAUAAAUAAUUAAAAGAAGAAAAUGGAAAGGAAAAGCUUAUUUAAGAGACGCUAGAGAUCUUUGAGGGUUGGCUUUGCUGGUUCUCGACUCCCGGUGAGUGGGAGGAGGCUGCUCACCCUCCGGUGGGGACUCUCAGGGUGUAGGGACUUGGGAAUAUUCACUGUCGUCUCUCCACCAUGGACUUGAGGAGAGAGAUGGUGGUUAGAUGGAGAAGAUGACUUUGUCUGGAAGUCUGGAGUCUUUGCUGCGUAGAUGCUGGCCCUCUGGAAGGUGGCAGGCACUCAGCUUAAUCUGUGAUGUCGUCAGGGUCUUGUCCAGAAUACGGAUUGGUUCUGUGAGAGGCCCAGUGCUGUCUUACCCUUUCAGCUGUGUGCAUACUUGCCGAGUCCACAGUUACAGGCAUGAGGAGAGGUCUGAUGUCAUCUCUGCCCAGUGACCACGAGGGGGCCCGCACCUCCCCAGACUCCCAGGGCUGUCUUUCCAGCAAGAAUUCUUCCUCCACUGUUCACUAGCUCCUGCCACAAUCCCCUCCACCAUGAGGAAAGGGGGUCAUUUGACCUGACGUGUCAGGAAAGACAUGAACUGAAUAUUUGUGCCUAAGCUGCAGAAAGCCAGGUGCAAACUAGAUGGAGUGAACAUUGCACUGUGCUCCCUCCCAGGGAGAGGAAACUUGUGAUGCUGCUGCUGUCACCUCCUGCUUCAAGGGAGGCCUCGUGAACAACAGGAUGCGUAGCUAGGUCAGGCUCGGCUGGCCUGGCGCGGUCUCUUCAUCUCUCACCCAGAUGUACAGCUUCUCUCUGACAUUAAAUCCCUUUCGGUGAAGGUUC